CUCUCUCCGGUGCUCUCUGUUUCCUCACAAGCCACAGCAAAAUCCAAUCAAAUUAAAAGCCAAGGCAUCGUCCAUUAACCAUUAAUAUAUAAUUCCUUCUUGAUCUCCGCUCGGUGCCAAAACACUUCUUUCCUUCUCAACGGUACAAUUGCCAGUAUACUCCGAUUGACUUCCCUGUAUCUCGUCCCUUAAUUACUUCAGCUAUCCCUCCUAUCACAGUUUCUCUCACAGCAAGAUUAAUUUUGUUUUUUGUUUUCAACAGCGUAGUCAUCUUAAUCAUUAUUUUCUUUCCAAGGGAAGUCUAGGAAUAGUAUUUCAGCUUGCGAAAAUGAGGAACAAAGCAUCAGGAUUCUUGAAGCAGAUAAUAACAGCUUUAACCGCAAUGGCCAAGGCCAAAACCCUGGCUUUCAAGAGCAAAACAAAAGCCAUAAAGACUCGCCUUGUCAUAUUUUCCUUGCUUCAAAACAAGAAGCUUUUGAUGAGCUCCAUCUCCCAGAAGCUGAACGCCUUGAUGGGGCAGAAUGACAAAAACUACAAAGAAUUAGAAGACGAUGCUGUUGGUAUACUUGGAGAUCAGCAAAGCCAAAGCCAAGAAAUCUUACUUUACAAUAGUAAUAAUGCUAUGUGCAGGCUCCCAAGUGCAUGUGCAACACAGACAGAGACGGAGCCGCAGCUGCAGCUGCAACUGCAACUGCAAGCGAAAGGGGAGUAUGAUGAAGAAGAUGAGGAGGAGAUGGAAGACAAGUACCCAGAUCUCACUCACUCACUUUCCGACUUGGAAGAAAUGGAGUUUGAGCAUCCAGGCGGGUCAGUGAUAGAUUUAUUGAAGAACUCAAAAGAAGACAAAGGGGAGGAGUUCAGGCUAGAAGACGAGAUAGACAUAGUAGCUGACUUGUUCAUAAGGAGGUUCCAUCGUCAAAUGAAGAUGCAGAAGCAGCAGUCAUUGAAGAGACAUCAGGAAAUGUUGGAAAGGAGCGUCUAGCUAUGUAUGAGCGUAGGAGUGUGCUUUUAAUUUUAUACGAGGAGGAAGAUCUGACAGCAAAGUUUUUGGUUGCUGUACAUGGUUUAGCUAGAUUAAGGCCACUGCAUCCAUCUAGACAUAUUGAACUCGCCUGCAAAAUAGCGGAUUGGCGUGGCCUGGCCCCAAUGAGAAUAUAGACAAGUACAACUAUAUAUGAACGUACCAUGUCAGCUCUUUGAGUUUUCUCUUUUUAACGAAAAGAAAAUCAAUGCAUUCUGCUUUAUAGAUUUCGUAGAAAUGAAUGCAAAAGGAUAAAUAAGAGUUAUUAACAUAAAUUGUACUACUAAGUAAAGAAAAACAUAUUUGGCAUUUGCUUUAAAUUUUUUGGUGCGAAGGGGAACUAUCAUAGCUGAUAAAUUAAAAGA